AUGGAUCGUCUCAAACCCCAACCUCGUCGUCGCGAUCCUCGCGCUCAAUCUCCCAGCGAGUCUUCCUCCGAUGAACUCGCCGCAGGCUCCGAUCACGAUGAAGCUGAACGCCGCCGAGCCAGCUGGACCCUGCAAAAGGGCUUUACUCCGCAGCGUCCGCAGAAGUCUGGACGUCACUACAGCGAGUCUGAAAGCCCCGAUGAACUAGCCGUCGAUGCCGGCGAGUAUUGGCGUUCCUCGCGCACGCGCAACCGCCACCGAAGCCCUUCCCCGAUUACUCGCGCCAGCAGCCACGACGAGGAAUCUCAGCGCGGAUCAGAUGAGCUCCCCGAAGACAAUUCAGUUGACUCGGAUGAGGACCAGGCCCGUGAAGCCGAGGACUGGUCUAAUCGUUCUGCCACUCCUGUUGCGCCUCCGCUACCCCCCAAGCCUGAACAUCUGAACUACAAAGAGAAGUUUGUUAUGCGCGGCCACUUGCGUGGAGUAUCUGCUGUGCAAUUCUCGCCAGAUUGUUCAAUGAUUGCUAGUGCGGGUGCCGAUGCAGCUGUCAAGGUCUGGGAUACCGCAUCUGGUAGACUCAUUCACACCUUUGAGGGACAUUUGGCUGGUAUCUCUACUCUUGCCUGGGCUCCUAACGGCGAAUGGAUUGCCACUGGCUCUGACGAUAAAACGAUUCGUUUUUGGAACGUGAAUACUCUCAAGGCACAUACUAAGGUCUUUGAUGGCCACCACAAUUACGUGUAUCAAAUCGCAUUCGCUCCGAAGGGCAACAUUCUUGUUAGUGGUUCCUAUGACGAGGCCGUCUUCAUGUGGGAUGUGCGCCGAGCACAAGUGAUGCGCUCCCUUCCAGCCCAUUCUGACCCAGUCGCCGGCAUCGAUGUUGUGCAUGACGGAACUCUCAUUGUGUCCUGCGCUCUGGAUGGUCUCAUUCGUAUCUGGGACACCCAUAGCGGCCAGUGUCUCCGUACCCUCGUGAUGGAAGACAACCCACCUGCAACUUGUGUGAAGUUCUCUCCCAAUGGCAAGUAUGUCUUAGCCUGGACCCUUGAUGGCUGCAUCCGCAUGUGGAGCUACGUCGAGAGCCGCGUCCUCAAGACAUUCCAAGGACAUGUCAACACGAAAUACAGCUUGUCGGGAUGCUUUGGUACUUACGGCUCUCCUGAUGUGAACUACCAGCCACCUUUAUGUUUUGCUGUCAGCGGUAGCGAGGACGGUGCCAUUAUUUUCUGGGACAUUGUCAGCAAACAAAUCUUGCAGCGCCUCGAUGCUCACUCAGAUGCCGUUCUCGGUGUUCACACGGGCACGUUACGCGGCAAGCGUAUGCUUGUGAGCUGCGGACUGGACAAAACUGUCCGGUUGUGGGAAGAGGUAGGUGAAGAUGGAUUCGAGUCUAAUGAAGACGCGCUCGGCGAGGAUGCUACCCCUACUCCCGAGUCCCACUCGCAAAACAACACCCCUGCGCAUGAUGCAGAUGGCGAUGAUGCUAUGACCGAUGCAUCUGCUGUGCCCUCUACUGCCACCACUCCGGCGGAAGAUGUGACGAUGACAUGA